GUACUAAUAUGUAUAAUCAAAGAUAACUGGUCCUCCGUUGAGGAGACAACCUAACCAACCGGACAACAAAUCCUUAGAUCAAACCAAAAUACCUGAUAACAGUUGUGAUUGGGGAAGAGGUCUUCUAAAACAAAACGUAAGUGCCCUUUACAACUUGAAAUACAUUUUAAAUUCAGGAGAGUGGGUAAAUGCAUAAGCGAGUUUCAGAUGACCAUCGUGAUGGACACCUUCAAUGCAUUGACUCUCUUCUUGUUUGUGGUGCUGGCUUUGCUUCAGCAAGGAGCCGCCGAUCCUGUGGUCAACGUGUCACAGGGGACACUCCUUGGAAAAACGGAGAACUUUAGAGAAAUUCGAUUCCUUAGAGUGAACAUAGACAUUGAUGUCUACUUGGGCGUGCCGUACGCCGAACCACCGAAACGUUUCAGGCCCCCAGAAGAACGUCAGCCAUGGGAGGGGGUGUGGAAUGCCACCUACGCACGAGACGGCUGUGCACAGCCCAUUUUACCAAGCAGUGAAGAUUGCCUGUAUCUGAAUGUGUAUGUACCGGAAAAUGUGAAGAAAGACGCAGCAGUGAUGGUGUGGUUCCAUGGCGGUGGGUACCAGUAUGGCUUCAGUACAUCACGCACCUAUGACCCCAUAGUUCUGGUUGCACUGGCUGACGAUAUGAUAUUUGUAUCGGCCAACUAUCGCCUUGGACUAUAUGGAUUUCUAUCCACUGGAGAUGCAGUAGCUCCUGGCAACUACGGACUUAUGGACCAACUAGAAGUCUUGAAAUGGGUCAAGACAAAUAUUGCAGCGUUUGGCGGUGAUCCUUCCAGGGUGACCAUUGUCGGUGAGAGUGCUGGAGCAGGUAGUGUGUCCGCUCACCUGCUCUCCCCGCACAGUAAGGGAUACUUCAACCAAGCUAUUAUGCAGAGCGGUAACCUCUUGUCACCCUGGGCCAUUGACUCCAGUCCAAACAGCAAGCGUAGUGUCAUGAUGGCUGGGGACCUUGCUCGACGUGUGGACUGUCCGACUGACUCUACUGUUGAGAUGGUGGCCUGUCUGUCUCUGCAAUCUGAGAGAACUCUCACAAAUCAAGAGAGAGAGCUGAUAUCAGACACAGUCUUCAACGACCUUCCUUUCAAGCCAGUUGUAGACAAAGACUUCAUCCCCGAUCAACCCGAGGUGUUGCUUCAGAAGGGUGCCCUCAACCCAGGAAAGCUGCUUAUGGGUACAAAUCAAGACGAGGGAACUUUGUUUGCUUUGCGAGCUUAUCUCAGGGCCGGUUACCUGAACGCAGAUGAAGCUCCUGAGAUUCCCCUUCAAGAUUUGAGAGAGCUACUUCCGUUUUACACCUACAACUACAACCAUCCGUUGCUUCAUAGUGCCAUGGAGCAGCAAUACUUGGACUGGUCCGUGGCCGAUAACUCAACGGCCGAUCAUUUCAAAGCAUUCGUAGCAAUGAUGACAGACUUAGCCUUCGCUUGUCCUACAGAUGCCUUCGCUCGCUGGGCCAUGGGGAGCGAUAAUCGGACCAUCUUCUUGUACCAUCUGACCCAUGUCCCGGAACAUUCUCUCGUCAGCUUAGGGGGGCUUGGUCCGAAGUGGUUGGGUGUCGGGCACGCUGAGGAUCUUCCCUUCCUCUUCAUGUUUGGGCUUAAUAACAGGAGGCAGUUUAAUCAGCCGACGGUGGAUAAGGAGUUUGGCAUUCAGAUGGCCAAGUAUUGGAUUAACUUCAUCAAGACUGGAAAUCCAGAUGAGGGUUUUUCAUCAUCUGCAGAGCCCUGGACCCCAUACUGGCCUCCCACAUCACCGGUUUACAAGGAGUUGAAUCCAGACAUGAAGAAUAGAAACUCCCUCAAAGCCAACGAGUGCCAGUUCUGGAACUCCUACUUACCCAAACUUGCAACAUUCACAGCCAAUACUACUGAUAUGGAAGAGGACUGGGCCAUUGAAGUGGAUCGAUGGAGGAAUCAGGAUAUGACAGACUGGAUGGCAGCUUUCCAAGACUUCAAGGAUAACAAGAGUGUCAUGUCCACUGAGCGCCGAACUAGGGAGAUGAUUUUCAGCGUGUUCGUGGGCCUUCUGGCCCUGGCCAGCGCCGCGAUGGCCGGGCCGAUUGUCCAGACCCUGAACGGUCGAAUUGAAGGUGUCACGGAGACUUUCAAAGAAACUGACUACUUGAAAGUGGACAAGCAGAUUGAUAUCUACAGAGGCAUCCCGUUCGCCGAGCCGCCCGUGGGGGCGAGGCGCUUCCAGCCCCCCGUACCAGUCAACUCGUGGAGCGGUACCCGUAACUGCGCCAAACACGGUGCCGCCUGUAUCCAGUACUUCGUCUCCUUCAGCGGCAUGGACGAGGAUUGCCUGUUUCUCAACGUCUACCGCCCUCAAACAGCAUCCAAAACGGCCGCUGUGAUGGUUUUCAUCCACGGCGGUGCUUUCUUCUUCGGUAUGGGAUCGAUGCCGGAGUACUUUGGCCAACCCAUCUCGGCUGUCGGUGACAUCAUCUAUGUCUCCAUCAACUACCGUCUUGGGCCAUUCGGGUUCCUCACCACUGGUGAUAGCGAGGCUCCUGGUAACGUGGGCUUGUUGGAUCAAGUGGUGGCUCUCAAAUGGAUCAAGGACAACAUCCAAAGAUUCGGCGGAGACCCUGACAAAAUCACCAUCUUCGGUGAGAGCGCGGGAUCCGCCAGCGUCAGCUUUCACCUCGUCUCCAAACAGAGCCAAGGACUCUUCAACCGAGCAAUCAUGGAGAGUGGUACUUCGACGUCGUUCUUUGCCUAUCAACGCUCCAUGGACUACGCCAAGAACCAAGCGAAGGACGUGGCGCUGCAGGCGGGUUGCUCCACCGCAAGCUCGGCCGACAUGAUCUCUUGUUUGCAGGCGUUGCCUCAGAGGGAACUGCGGUCCGUGGCUUAUAAGGCUGAUUUGGCCUACCUACCUGUGGUAGACGGGUUCUUCCUCCACGACUCGCCCGAGAACAUCCUGGCCGCCGGUGACUUUCAGAAACUCGACAUCAUGAUCGGCACCAUGCGGGACGAGGGUGCCCUCAUGGCCAUGGUCUUGGACCUAACCUCCUACUUCUCCUCCACGGCCCCUCCCAUGAGCCGGGACAAGUUCUUGCAGGUCUACCCGAACUGGGUCUUCACUUACGGGGAUGUGCCCAACAAUGCCGCCAUGAAACAAGCCAUCGAGGCCAAGUACGUCAGCGACAGCCAGGCUGCUGACCCAGCCGCGGACUACCUGGACAACUACAUCCGCAUGAUGACCGACUACACCUGGGUGGCGCCUGCUGACGUCACGGCGCAGGCGCACUUGCGGGAGGGCACCAAGGUCUACAUGUACCAGAUGACCCAUCAGCAGACUGUCUCCAUCUUCCAUGUCUUCUUCCUGGGCCCUAAGUGGCUGGGUGCGGUCCAUGCUGACGACAUCCCUACCGUCUUUGGUAACCCCUGGAUCGAUGAUAUCUUCUACAAGACUGGCAAACCACUGCCUGAAGAGAUGAUGAUGUCCAACACGGUCAUGAAGUACUGGACCAACUUCGCAAAGACAGGUUCUCCCAGCGAUGGCGUCAUACCUGACUGGCCCGAGUACACCCUAGCUCAGAAGCAGUACAAGGAGAUCUCCGUCUACCUUCCAACCAGGACCGGCGGUAUCCGUCAGGACUACGUCAAGUUCUGGAACGAAGAAAUCCCCAAACUCGUCUCUCCUUCCGAUGUUAUUUCGACCCCAACUGAAGGUAUCGCAGCCUUCAUUCAGGUACAGAACCAGGUGGAUCAGUGCAUAGCCGAGUUCCAGGAGGACGGAGUGUAUCACUAAAGAGCGACUCAUGAAGAGACUAAACUCUCGCCUUUGAUCUUGCGUUCCGUAACAAGAAGUAAUUGUAUAUCAGACUUUGUAAUGACUGAUAUUCAACGUUAACAUUCAUUUUUAAUUUGGAGCGAUGUUAAGGCUACUACAAUUUUGUUGGUAAAAUUCUGGAUGUUCCUGCAGAAUCGGUUUAUCGUAUGUUUUUAAUGAUUUUUAUGGUGUGGCCGUAAUACAAAGUAUGCCAAGUGACGUUAUUCACUAAUAAAACAUUAAUGUGAAUGAUA